AUGUCAACAGUUAAUAUACUUGGUCGUCUUCGUAUAGCAACUGAACAAGUUCGAAAAGUUCAAUCAAGUUUAACUAAAGAUGGAAUUCUUUAUAAUUUGGUCGACAUUCUAUCUGACGAUACACGACAAAGUGAAAUAAACAUUACAUCCAAUGACGGACAAAUAAGUAAAUGGUUAGAACAAACAUUUUCUUCAAAACCACAACGUUCGACAACAGCUGCUAGUCGUUUUGAAUCAAUUAAAGCUGUUAUUCAAGCAUCAUCAUUUGUUAAUGCUCUACAAAGACAAGUACGUCAAAAUGCUAAAGAACGUUUAUCAGCCGUACUUGAUCUACCUGUUGAUAUAUAUAAAUUAAAUUUAUGGUCAUUUAAUAUGAUGGAAUACGACGAACCCUUUGUCUUUUCAAUUUUACUUAUAUUCGAUGCCCAUGAUAUAAUAUCACGCUAUCACAUUGAUAUUGAUACAUUAAAAAAUUUUUGUCGCGCUCUCACGGAUGGUUAUCAAAAAUAUCAAACUCCUUAUCAUAAUGAUUUUCAUGGAGCUGAUGUACUUCAAACGACACAUUGUUUAUUAAUAAAAAGUAGUUUAAUGAAUGUAUUUACGCAAAUUGAAAUAGCGGCCUUAUUGUUUUCAGCUGCAAUUCAUGAUUAUGAACAUCCAGGUUUAAAUAAUGGUUAUCUUGUUAAAACAAAAAAUGAUUUAGCUUUAAUUUAUAAUGAUUUUAGUGUAUUAGAAAAUCAUCAUGCAAGUUCAAUAUUCAAACUUUUACGUGAUAAACGAUAUAAUAUUUUGUCCAAUAUGGAUUCAAAUGAAUAUCGUACAUUUCGUUCAUUAGUUAUAUCACUUGUUUUAGCAACUGAUAUGGCAAAUCAUGCAUCAUUAAUUGAACGUAUGUCAACAUAUUUCUUUUUUAAAGAAACGAAUUCUACAACACCAUCAGCUGAUUCAAAAACUUUAUUACAAACAUUAUUACAUGCAGCUGAUAUAUCAAAUGCUGCUAAACCAUGGACAAUUUAUAUUCAAUCAGCUGAAAGAAUUAUGGAAGAAUUUUUUGUACAAGGUGAUUUAGAAAAAAUUCAUUAUGAAGAUCAUAAACCAACAUUUGAUAGAGAAUCAACUAAUAUUGUACAAUUACAAAUUAGUUUUAUAACACAUAUUGUUCAUCCAACAUUUGAUGUUUUAUCAAAAGUUCUUCAAAUUGAUUCUCUUGAUUAUGUACAAAAAGAAUCAACAGCAACAACAAAUUUAAAUAAUUAUACAUUACCAUGGCAAUAUGAUUUACAAUUAAAUUUAGAAACUUGGAAACAAGUAUUAAAAAAUGAUGAUCUAAAAAAAAUAAUAGCAAAUAAAAAACCAUUAAAAUUAAAUCAUAGUUAUUUACAAGAAUAUGUUGACAAAGCAAAAACAGUUUUAAGAAAACGUUCACAACAUGAUCUUUUACUCCAUUGUACGCUUUCAUCAUGA